AUGGCAAAAGACCCUGAGGCCUUUCCCGGAAAAGACUACCAUGACCCACCUCCGGCACCGCUUUUCGACACCGUCGAGCUCACCAAAUGGUCCUUCUACAGGGCUCUCAUCGCCGAGUUCAUUGCCACGUUGCUAUUCCUUUACGUAACCAUCGCAACUGUCAUUGGCUACAAAAUCCAGAGCGAUACCAAAAUGAAUGGCGAAGUCUGUGGUGGCGUUGGCGUUCUCGGAAUUGCUUGGGCCUUCGGCGGAAUGAUCUUCAUCCUUGUUUACUGCACUGCUGGGAUUUCCGGGGGUCAUAUUAACCCGGCGGUGACAUUCGGGCUGUUUUUGGCUCGCAAAGUGUCAUUGAUUCGAGCAGUGCUGUACAUGGUGGUUCAGAGUCUUGGAGCUAUCGCUGGUGUUGCGCUGGUUAAGGCUUUGAAUUCUUCCUACGAGACUUAUGGUGGUGGUGCUAACGAGCUCAGUGCUGGGUACAGCGCAGGCGUUGGAUUGUCUGCUGAGAUUAUCGGCACCUUUGUUUUGGUCUACACUGUUUUCUCUGCUACCGAUCCCAAGAGGAACGCCAGAGAUUCUCAUGUUCCGGUUUUGGCUCCACUUCCAAUUGGAUUUGCUGUUUUUAUUGUUCAUUUGGCCACCAUCCCAAUCACUGGCACUGGAAUCAACCCUGCUAGGAGUCUUGGAGCCGCUGUCAUCUACAACCAGGACAAAGCUUGGGAUAAACAUUGGAUAUUCUGGGUGGGACCCUUUAUCGGAGCGGCCAUCGCGGCGUUCUACCAUCAGUUUAUCUUGAGAGCAGGAGCUGCUAAGGCUCUUGGAUCAUUCAGGAGCAACCCUCAUGUUUGAGAACUUUUCUUUGAA